AUGGCAGAAGCUAAGACCCACCAAUUCGGAGCGGUUCUGCUUCUUGUCCACUUAAUUCUCCUCAUCUCUGGAGCCGAAGCAGCUUCCUUCCAGCGCAACCAGUUGCUUCAGAAAGAUCCAGAUCUCAGAUUGGAGAAUGUCCAAAAGUUUCCUAGUCCUGAAAUGAUCAGGGCUUUGGAGUACAUAGAGAAGCUCCGGCAACAAGCUCACAGAGAAGAAAGCAGCCCAGACUACAAUCCUUAUCAAGGCAUCUCUGUUCCCCUUCAGCUCAAGGAAAACAGUGAAGAAAGUCACUUGGCCGAGAGCUCAAGGGAUGCACUGAGUGAAGAUGAGUGGACGAGGAUAAUACUCGAGGCCUUGAGGCAGGCUGAAAAUGAGCCUCAGUCUGCCCACAAAGAAAAUAAGCCCUUUGCCUUGAGUCCGGAGAAGAGCUUCCCAGUGGACAUGGUUGAUGACUAUGAGACUCAACAGUGGCCAGAGAAGAAACUCAAGCACACGCGGUUCCCUCUUAUGUAUGAAGAGAAUUCCAGAGAAAACCCCUUCAAGCGCACAAAUGAAAUAGUAGAAGAACAAUACACACCCCAAAGUCUCGCUACCCUGGAGUCUGUGUUCCAAGAGCUGGGGAAACUGACGGGGCCUAACAACCAGAAGCGUGAGAGGGUCGAUGAGGAACAAAAGCUCUACACAGAUGACGAAGAUGACGUGUACAAGACCAACAACAUUGCCUAUGAAGACGUGGUGGGGGGAGAAGACUGGAGCCCCAUAGAGGAGAAAAUAGAGACUCAAACCCAGGAAGAGGUGAGAGACAGCAAAGAGAACACAGAGAAAAAUGAGCAAAUCAAUGAAGAAAUGAAACGCUCAGGGCAGUUGGGGCUCCAGGAUGAAGAUAACCAGAAAGAGAGUAAAGACCAACUCUCAGAGGAUGCCUCCAAAGUCAUCACCUACUUGAGAAGGAAUUUGCAGAUACCCCCUGAAGACUUAAUUGAGAUGCUCAAAGUUGGAGAGAAGCCAAAUGGGUUGGUGGAGCUGGAGCAGGAUCUGGAGCUUCCUGUUGACCUGGAUGACGUCCCAGAGGCUGACGUAGACCGCCCCGACAUGUUUCAGAGUAAGCUUCUCUCCAAGGGUGGGUAUCCCAAGGUACCUGGUCGUGGUAUGACAGAGGCUUUGCCUCAGGGACUCAGUGUUGAGGACAUUUUAAAUCUCUUAGGGAUGGAGAAUGCAGCAAAUCAGAAGCCCUCAUAUUUCCCUAAUCAAUACAGCCAAGACAAGGCUCUGCUGAGGCUCCCCUAUGGUCCUGGGAAACCUAGAGCCAGCCAGAUUCCCAAAGCAGCCUGGAUGCCAGAUGUUGAAAGCAAACAAGCACCCUAUGAAAGCCUGAUGAAUGACAAGGACCAAGAACUUGAGGAGUACUUGGCCAGGGUGCUAGUUAAAUACCCCGAGCUCAUUAAUUCCAACCAGCUGAAAAGAGUGCCCAGUCCAGGCUCCUCGGAAGAUGACCUCCAGGAAGAAGAGCAACUCGAACAGGCCAUCAAGGAACACCUGGGUCAAGGAAGCUCCCAGGAAAUCGAGAAACUGGCGACGGUGAGCAAAAGGCUCCCUGGAGGAUCCCUGAAGAAUGAUGACAGCCUAACCAGACAGUACUUGGAUGAAGACAUGCUCAUGAAAGUGCUGGAGUACCUCACCCAAGAGAAGGCGGAGCAAGGGAGGGAGCAUCUUGCCAAGCGGGCCAUGGAAAACAUGUAA